CUCUCUCUAUACUCCUAAGCGUGCAAAGACCAACAACUCACACCAACGAACCAGAACCAGCUCUCUGUUCCAAGUCAAAUUCCCAGUCUUCUUCUUCCUCUCUAUCCCCUCCUGCAUUUAAAACCCUCUCUGCACAGACCAAAUUUCACAAGUUGAAAGGCAUACACACAGAAUUAAAUAACUCGAAUCCCUGACAGAGACUAGAGUAGAAAGAGAAAUGAAACCCCAAUCUAUACUAAACCCAAUUUUAUUUUCACUCUUCUUCUUCAUCAUCACCACCGAAUCAGCAGACAUCCCAUUAGGAUCAACCCUCUACGCCUCAAAUCAAAAUAGCAACUGGAACUCACCAAACCGCACGUUCUCUCUCGGCUUCAUCUCCGAAGGCCCCACCUACUUCGCCGCCGUCACCUACAACGGCAUCCCCAUCUGGAGGGCCGGCGGCGUUGACACUGGCGCCGCCGACUCCUCCGCCUCUCUCCAGUUCCUCUCUGACGGCAACCUCCGCCUCGUCAACGGCUCCGGCGCCCUCGUCUGGCAGUCCAGCACCGCCGGCCGCGGCGUCUCCUCCGCCGCCCUCGACGACUCAGGUAACUUCGUCCUCAGAAAUGGUACAACUUCUGUUUGGUCUACAUUUGAUAAUCCGACUGAUACCAUUUUGCCCUCACAAAAUUUCACAAUUCACAAUGUUUUGCGAUCUGGGUUGUACACAUUUCAUCUGCUUAGCUCUGGAAAUUUAACACUUAGGUGGAAUGAUUCUAUUGUAUAUUGGAAUAUUUGGUUCAAUUCCUCUUCCAGGUGGAAUGAGUCUACUGGUAUAAAUUCUAUGAACUUUUCAUCACCUAUAUUAGGACUUCAACCAAUUGGGGUAUUAACCCUUUCUGAUCCAACGCUUUCGGCCGCAGCCAAUGUAGUUUAUAGUAGUGAUUAUGCUGAGGGUAGUGAUAUACUUAGGUUUGUGAAGUUGGAUGAUGAUGGGAAUUUGAGAAUUUAUAGCUCCACUAGGGGUAGUGGUGAGGAUACUGUGAGAUGGUCAGCUGUUGGUGAUCAGUGUGAAGUUUUUGGGUUUUGUGGGAACAUGGGCAUAUGUAGUUAUAAUGAUUCGAGUCCGAUCUGUGGGUGCCCUUCGGAGAAUUUCGAGCUGAUUGAUCCAAAUGAUAGCAGGAAGGGGUGCAAGAGGAAGAUGGAGAUUGAGGAUUGUCCGGGGAGUGCCACCAUGUUGGAUAUGCCGCAUGCCAAGUUCUUGACAUACCCUCCUGAAUUGUCCUCGCAGAUUUUCUCUGUGGGUAAUUCAGCUUGUAGGUUGAAUUGUCUUGUGAGUGGUUCUUGUGUUGCUUCGACCACAUUAGCAGAUGGAACGGGGAUGUGUUACUUGAAAGUGCCGAAUUUUGUUAGUGGGUAUCAGUCCCCUUCUCUUCCUAGCACUUCAUAUGUCAAGGUUUGUGGUCCAGUGAGUCCGAACCCCUCUGCUUCUUCUCUAAACGCUGGCAAGGAUAAUGGUUGGAGGUUGCAUGCGUGGAUAGUAGCAGUUGUGGUUGUGGGUACUGUUUUGUGUUUAAUCAUGUUGGAAGGUGGUUUGUGGUGGUGGUGCUUUAGAAAUAGCCCCAAGUUUAGUGGAUUGUCCGCUCAAUACGCACUUCUUGAAUAUGCCUCUGGUGCACCGGUCCAGUUCUCAUACAAAGAACUCCAACGGUCCACAAAGGGGUUCAGGGAAAAGCUUGGAGCAGGAGGAUUUGGGGCCGUUUAUAAGGGGGCUCUUGCAAAUAGAACCAUUGUUGCAGUGAAGCAACUUGAGGGAAUUGAGCAGGGGGAGAAACAGUUUAGGAUGGAGGUUGCCACUAUAAGUAGCACCCACCAUUUAAACUUGGUGAGACUAAUUGGAUUUUGCUCUGAAGGGCGUCACAGGCUUCUGGUGUACGAGUUCAUGAAGAAUGGUUCUCUUGAUAACUUUCUCUUUACAACAGAAGAACAGUCGGGUAAAUUGUUAAACUGGGAGUAUCGUUUUAAAAUCGCCCUAGGGACUGCAAGGGGGGUCACAUACCUUCACGAGGAGUGUCACGACUGCAUUGUCCACUGUGAUAUAAAGCCGGAGAAUAUUCUCUUGGAUGAGACUUACAAUGCCAAAGUUUCAGAUUUUGGUCUUGCGAAACUUGUAAAUUCAAAAGACCAUAGGUACCGCACGUUGACAAGUGUGAGGGGAACAAGAGGAUAUUUGGCACCAGAAUGGCUUGCAAAUCUUCCGAUAACUUCUAAAUCUGAUAUUUACAGUUAUGGUAUGGUUUUGUUGGAGAUAGUGAGCGGGAGAAGGAAUUUUGAAGUAUCAGAAGAUACAAAUCGGAAAAAGUUUUCUGUGUGGGCUUACGAAGAGUUUGAGAAGGGAAAUGUGAAAGGAAUUGUCGACAAAAGGCUCCACGAGGAGGUGGAUAUGGAUCAAGUCAAGAGGGCAAUUAAGGUAAGCUUUUGGUGCAUCCAAGAGCAACCAUCUCAGAGGCCAAUGAUGGGAAAAGUGGUGCAGAUGCUAGAAGGGGUUAUGGAAAUUGAGAGGCCGCCAGCGCCAAAGGCUGUGAUUGAAGGAUCAGCUAGUGGAACCAGUGUAAAUGUGAGCAGCAAUGUCAGUGCUCUCUCCACUGCCGUGGCUUCAGCCCCAGCACCCUCUUCAUCGUCAUCAUUCCAAACUCCGGGAAUUUCAUCUUCUGUUUCGAGUAAGAAUGUGGAAAGGGCAUCUUCAUCCCUUUUACAUUCAGAACUGAAGUGAAACUAACAUCCACUCUCUGGUGUGCCUAGAAGAGUCAAAGUACUGCUUUUGGGAUCUAAUUCUUUGCAACCAAAUGUGGAAGGGACAAACUUUGAGGGUGAUGAGCUUUGAUCACUGGAUACCAUUCAUUAAUUAUAGUAAUAUUUUGUAGUGUAAUACUUGUUACUACUGUAUUAUAUAGUUUUUGUCAGCAUGAGGUUUUCCAUCACAUUUAAGCUGUUCCUGUGAUAUCACUUUAUUUUCAUUGGAAGAAUUGUAAUUAGUAAUUUGAAGAACCCUUGUUACUGAAUUUCUCUUGAUAUAAUGAAAAGAUGUACAAUUUUAUUUAA